UGACCCCUGACAUUUUGUGUUCCUUUAAUGACACAGCAAAUUUCAGACUCGCACAAAAGUGAAGCACGCAGAAGGGAAAUAUCGGGAAUACACGGCACACACUCCUAAGGACACUCUAACGGUUCAAUAGUUCGGGUUCUUUGAACGAUAACCAAUUCGAUAAGUGAGGAACCGCAUUCACUACAAGACACAAUUCCAUGGGGAGACACGACUGACGGAUCGCUUUCUGAAUUAGGCAAGUGUUACAGUCUCGACUGAGACAGGAAGACGAACACGAGCGACUGAGAUUACACUGAAGUCUGCAACCAACCCAUUUCUGCGUCUUCAGCCUUCUAUGUCUAGCAGAGACCCCGCAAUGUCAACAGUUGAACAGCCCGUCUGGUUGGACAAAACUUUCCUGGAAACCUCACUACGCUCUGAGUACGGAAACACGCUCAGGGUUGCUAAGUAUGGUGUCACUGUGGCAACUGCUAAGGGAGACAACUACACAAGUACAAUGUAUCGCGUUACCAUAGAAACUACGUCAAACAAAACAUUCACUGUUGUCAUCAAGAAUCUUAUAGGAUCUGGAGUAGAUGGAUGCAUGUUGCGGCAAAGUUCGGCCUUCGUAAGAGAAACACGUAUGUUGAAUGUUAUGCUUCCCAGGUUGGCAGCACUGUUACGGGACGCGAUUCCAGAAAAGCUGAGCCGUUUGGGGCCCGGUACAUUUUCUCCACAGACGGAGUGAUCAUAAUGGAGGACUUGACCCCUCUGGGGUUCCGGAUGGUAAAUCGAGGAGUGGGUCUGGACCUCGCACACUGCCUCGUCGUGAUGAGAAGACUUGCAACAUUCCACGCCGCUUCGGUGAUCCUAUACCAGCAGGACCCAGAGUGCAUGACGCCUUUUUUGGAAAGUCUAUUUUCGGAAUCCGUCAACGAGAAGCAAUUUCAACAGAUGAUCUCAGGUCUCAUGAAGCGAGUGAGAGUCGAAGUGGAGACUUGGCCAGACUUCUCGCACUUCGCGAGGAAGUUACGCGCUCUAGAGAAGGACGUGCUGGGGCGCAUGUGCAGGGGAAUGAGGCGCGACGACAAAGCUUUCAACGUCCUCAACCACGGGGACGCGUGGAAGAACAACAUGCUGUUUAGGUACUCGGACACAGGACAGCCAGAAUCCGUAAUAUUCGUCGACUAUCAGCUGAGCCACUUGACGUCUCCAGCUGUCGACCUACGGAAAUUUAUAUACACGAGUCCCACAGAAGAUGUACGCAUGCGUCAUGAGAACACCUUGCUGCAGGAGUACCACACCGCGCUUUGUGAAGCUCUGGGAGCCUUGGGGUAUUCCCAGAAGCUGAUAACUCUGGAGGAACUACGGGCAGACUACGACAGCAGAGCGAUCAUGGGACUCAUAUACGUAUCUACAGCGCUGCCUAUCAUAAUGACGGACUCACACCCGGGUUGGAGCAUAGAAGUCUCGCUGCAGGAUGACGCUCCUCCUUGUCUUACCUUCUCAGAGACGUACAAGACUGCUUUGAAAAGGAUGUUGCCCAUAUUUGAGGAGCAGGGUGUGUUUCGGUAGAUAUAACAGGGCAUUCUCAUGCUCGGGACGACUUGUGGCUUUGUUUAAAACAUUUCUGAAAUUUCGUCAUAACUUCAUUUGCCAAUCCGGUCUCGAAUCGGACGUUCCCACAGAAUUGACCAUGAAAUGUGUUAUCGUCUGGGACGUAAUCUGCAACGUAGUCCUGGCAGUUGGUUUAUUGUGCGACACGGAAGAUGGAGGCAGUACCUUCCUCCGAAACGUCAAUGAAUUUGUACGGGACUACAUAGCGUCACAUAACAGAAG